AUGUGUUUCGGAAGCAAAGCCAAACUCAAGAAGAAUCCCCCUCCUGCGCCAGUGCCAGUGUCACGACCUCAAGGAUUCAACCAGUGGUUGGAGAGCAAUCCUUACUAUGAACGUCCUGGAGCUCCGUAUGUCUUGAUUUCUUCUUUCUGUGUUUCCACCUUGGUCUUUGCUUUUAACUGCAUGGCAUGUGAUCCAAGGGUACUCCAAAUGCAGCUAACAUCCUUUCCGUAAAGGAAACCGCAGAAGAAACCAUGGAGACAUAGAGGUGGUCAUGGGCCUCCUUACUAUAGCUCUGAUGGAGUUGAUAGUGGAGGAGGUUCAGGAGGAGACGGAGGGGGUGGUGGGGGUGGUGGGGAUGGAGGAGGAUGUAGCUGAGAGGAGAAUGACUGGUACGUGA